AUGGAUCUGAGCGACCUCGGAACGGAUCAAACUCUCAAAGCAUCAGCGCAGGACCUGAUUAGUGAGGAUAAUUGGACCUCCUUGGAUGCACCUCUUUUGUCAGAUGCAUCAGGUGGAGGUGAGAUUGAUGCUGCUUUCAAGCAUGUUGGGAACUUCUUCAUGCUCAGGCUCAGGACUGCUGUGCAAUCUCCCUUGGCGGACAACACCGCGCUGGGCCUUUUCCCGCGGCCGGAGACCUUGCUGGACAACGAGUUGCUUCGAAGCUUAGGCAUAGACUUUGAUUGCUGGAAAGGCACUACUGAGGACAUUUUGUCACCAGGCGACAUAAUUGCAACGGUCAUAUUUGGCAAUGGCAUGAUUCCUUCAAUGAGCAAGGCUGGUGAACAAGUGGCGCUGAUGACAGGCUCCAGACCACCCGUGAACUUCGAGGUGGAGUUCCGCGAGCGUAUUGUUCAGUGGCGAGACUUCCCAAGUCCAGGGCUGCUGACCCUUGUGGAGAUCCCUUUCGAUGAAGAGUCUCAGACCUUCGUCUCUCAAAGUGGAGGGCAUUUUGCCACCGUAACGGUGGUUGAACCACAUCCUCAAAAUUCCGACCAGAUGAUUGUCACCGUGGGGCUUUUUGUGACCGGCCAUGCCUUUCCUGCAUGGGCCUCGGCCCAUUUGGCCCAGAUGGCACAAUCCAUUGCACAGAUGAUUCAUGUUAGCGCCGCUUCCUUUCAGAACAUUGAACUUCUCGCCGAGGCAGAUGCAGACUUCUACUCGGUCCUCUCUUUGAGGACCUGCCCCCAAGGGCGGCCCUUGUUACCCGGAGCUCUUCCAGAGCACGUGCUCAACCCAAAUGAGGAUCCAUGGUGCGUAGUGCUGGACCUACCUGAAGAAGUGGAGUACAAGCUCUCCUUUUGGUUUCGGCCAUUUGGAGAAUUUAAUUUUCCCAACUACCUGUUCCUUUUCUUAGCGGCGAUUGGAUGUGCCGAGGUACAGGUCUUCAAUAGCAUGGAUGGGCGACUACUAGUACCUUACCAGGCAGUUGUGCGACGUGCUCAAUGGAUGUCUGUGGCCAAGCGCUUCGAUGCCGCUUGGAAGGUGCAUAAGAUGGCGUACCGGAAGCUCAACGGAACGAAGCAUGCUCCCACCAUCUCUGAGGCCAAGACGCCACGCUUCGCGGAAGUCUCGGAUGAUAUCAGGGACAACCCGCCGUCCAUUCCGCUGAAAUCCUUGAUCACUGUCCACAACACAUUCAUUGAAGUUGAUGAUGUGCCUGAAGCGCCAGUGAUCUCACGCACCAAGAGCUUUUGA